AUGGGCGCUCAGCUUCGAUUUGUCGCCCUUGCCGCGAAACCUUCGAGCACCGCCAGCAACCGCCUGCCAAUUCCAUCGCCGCAGAGGGGGAUGGAUAUGAGGGGCUUUGCAAGCUUAACAUACAAUGGCGGCGGCGUGAUUUCUGGCAAGUUUGGAGGGCCGUCGCAUGUCCACGCCGCGCAGGUUCUAGAGCUUGUAGUCCACCUAAAUCAUGCAAGACCAAUGUCGUCAGGAGCAGGAGCAGGAGCAGCCCCAAAACCACCAUCCCUGUCCGAAGGCGUUUCUUUUGGUGGUUGCAAGGUUGCUUUGAAAGUUGACAUGCCGAGCCCUGGUUUUGUUUUUCAGCCAUACCGUGCCCCGGAACCUAUCCCACUUUGGAAAAGAUUGUUUACACCAAGUGGCUGGAGUAGAACAAAAGAGGAUGUUAUUCUGCAGGUUAACAAGCUUAUUGCACGAGGAGACAUACCAUCUCUCCAGAAAGCUCUGACAGAUGCUAUGCAUUCUACUGUCAAAAAUGAAAUAAGGAAAAGACAAUCCAAGUGGAAAUCUGUACACUGGGAACUGGUGGAGCCUGCUGUAAGCAUAAGAACUUUGAAGGCUCGUAUGAAAUUUGAAGCCUAUAAUUCAAAAAGAGAGGUUGUGUCAGGAGACAAGUCAAAGGAGGUGCUGGUGAAAGACAUAUGGGUGUUUGAAAGAUCCCUUUUCCACCCUGGAGCAUACUGGCGUGUGUGUGCGCGAAUCACGCUGUGA